AUGCUUGGACGCAGGGCGCCUGCCCAUCUGGGAGCCCGUCCGGGCACUGUCCGUUCCCUCUCUUCUUCCCGGGUUUCUCUCGCCACCGGGGCCCCCUCCUCUGACUGCUCCUUCUGCCCACAGGCUGGAGUGAAGGACACAGAGAACCGUGUGGCCCUGCAUGCCCUGACGCGGCCGCCAGCCCUGCUCCUCCUGGCUGCGGCCAGCAGCGGCCUGCGCUUCGUGCUGGCUUCCUUCGCCCUGGCCCUUCUGCUGCCCGUGUUCCUGGCCGUGGCAGCCAUGAAGCUGGGCCUGCGGGCCCGAUGGGGCUCACUGCCCCCACCGGGAGGCCUGGGGGGCCCCUGGGUGGCAGUGCGCAGCUCGGGUGACGUGUGUGGGGUGCUGGCCCUUGCCCCAGGCUCCGGUGCUGGGGACGGGGCCCGGGUCACCCGCCUCUCCGUCUCCCGCUGGCACCGCCGCCGAGGUGUGGGCAGGCGGCUGCUGGCCUUUGCUGAAUCCCGGGCUCGGGCCUGGGCGGGAGGCAUGGGGGAGCCCCGGGCCCGGCUCGUGGUCCCAGUGGCUGUGGCAGCUUGGGGCGUGGCGGGGAUGCUGGAGGGGUGCGGCUACCAGGCUGAGGGCAGCUGGGGCUGCAUGGGCUACACGCUCGUAAGAGAGUUCAGCAAGGACCUGUGACUGGACCCGGCCGGGAGGGAGAGCCCGUAGCGAGCACUUACUGUGUGCAGGUCCUCCCUCUGUGAACCCCCAGCCCUCCGGGGGCCCACAAACAGGCCUGCAGAGGGCGAGCGGCCCCACUGCAGGCUGGUGUCUGUCUGUAGCGCGUGAACCUCUCAGAGAGGUCAGCCUGUCCGGGGUUCGUGUGCGGUCUUGCCCGCAGAGGCCGCACCAUUUGUGGUGCGGGCCUGGCAGAGACGUGCGGGGAAGAGGGGGCCUGACGAGUGUGGCUACCUCUGUGGGCUAAGACUUGGGGCGGGGGCACCCCAAAUGGGGGACACGGCCCUCCUGGGAACGGGGUGGAGUGCAAUGACUGGAGGGGAUGAACAGAGCCUCUGCAGGGGAGGGUCAUGGCUCAGAGAGGCCCUGGCGAGGACGGGGUGGGUGCAGGGUGGGCGCGGGGUGGGCCCAGGGCAGCCCAGGGUAGGCCCCUCCCGGGAAGGUGAGCUGAGAGGAGCGGCCAGACCCAUCUGGUUUUUUACACCCGAUUGUUAAUAAAGCCUGGUCUCGCUCUCUCUGA